AUGGACGAGGAGAGCCUGCAGGCGGCCGUGCAGACGUACCGCGCGCAACUGCAGCAGGUGGAGCGGGCGCUAGGCGCCGGCCUGGACGCCUCGGAGCAGGCCGACCUGCUGCAGCUGCGGGGCGACCUGGCCGAGCUGAUCGAGCUCACAGAGGGCAGCCUGCUAGCGGCCCGGAGGAGUCGGCUGCCGGCCGGGGCGGAGCCCGAGGGCCUGGUCGAGGACCCGGCUGUGCAGAAGGCGGCGGCCGGAGCACCCUGCGCCGCAGCGCCCGCAGCGCCCGCGGCUGCGCUGCCCGAAGAGGCCGCCGGGGCCGCGUUGAGCGGGACCAAGGUCAGCGCCCCCUACCGCAGCCCCUGGGGCACGCUGGAGUACCACAACGCCAUGGUGGUGGGCGCCGAGCAGGCGCAGGACGGCCCGGCCGCCGUGCGCGUGCUGUACCUGUACCCCACGCAUAAGGCCCUGAAGCCCUGCCCGUUCUUCCUGGAGGGAAAGUGCCGCUUCAAGGAGAACUGCAGAUUCUCCCAUGGGCAGGUGGUCUCUGUGGACGAGCUUCGCCCCUUCCGAGACCCAGACCUGAGUUCGCUGCAGGCUGGCUCUGCGUGUCUGGCCAAGCACCGGGAUGGCCUGUGGCACCCAGCACGGGUCACGGAUGUGGAUGGCGGCUUCUACACAGUCAAAUUUGACUCCCUGCUGCUGAAGGAGGUCGUGGUGGAGGGGGACAGCGUGCUGCCCCCACUGCGCAUGGAACCCACAGAGUCCUCUGAUUCUGACGGUGGCGCCGAUGAUUCCAGUUAUGCCAGAGUUGUGGACAACGAGGCCGGAGCAGAUGGGAUCAGCAGAGCAGCCUUCGCUGGCUGGGAGGUGCACACUCGAGGCAUUGGCUCCAGACUCCUGGCCAAGAUGGGCUAUGAGCCUGGGAAGGGUCUGGGCCGAAACUCACAGGGCCGGGUGGAGCCCAUCCAUGCUGUGGUGCUGCCCCGAGGGAAGUCCCUGGACCAGUGCACAGAGGCCCUCCAGAGGAGGGUGAAGGGGGGCAAGGCUGGUCCCCACCGGCCCCCCAAGUGUAGGGGAAAGGGAGUUGCGCCUGCGGGCCAACCCCCACCUCGGGACGUGUUUGACUUCCUAAAUGAGAAGCUACAGGCCUCGGCUCCCAGAGUGCUGGAGGGGAGGGCGGAUGCCUUGGGGGCGAGGGGUGGCAAGGAAGCCUACCACGCCAGCAAGAGUACCAAGAGGGCCCUGAGUCUGCGGCUUGUUCAGACUGAGGAGCAGAUCGGGCGGACCCAGCGGGACAUCCGCAGUAUCCAGGAGGCCCUCGCCCGUAAUGCCGGCCGGCACAGUGUGGCGGCAGCCCGGCUGCAGGAGAAGCUGGCGGGUGCCCAGCGGCAGCUUGGGCAGCUUCAGGACCAGGAAGCGGGGCUGCAGCGAGAGCAGAGGAAGGCGGACACCCACAGGAAGAUGACUGAAUUCUAG